AACAUGUUCAUUGAGAAGUAUCUGCCAUGUCCUGUCUUUUUCCAUGACAUUUUCCAAAUCUCUACACUGCUGAAAUACUUCCUUAUUAAGUAGCACUUCCACUUAAUAAGCAGAAGAAACUUUAUUGCCCAUCAGCCAAAAGGAAGUGCUUCACUGCAAUGACUGCAGUCAAAUGACACCAUGCUAAGUUUUCUUGUAGGAGUAUGAAGACUUUGUGUUCCUUUCUUCAGAUCAGCAGAAACAUGCAUCAAGGAAACCAAAGCACCAUCACUGAAUUCAUUCUCCUAGGACUCUCCAACCAGGCUGAACAUCAAAACCUCCUCUUUGUGCUUUUCCUGGGUAUGUACCUGGUCACUGUGGUUGGGAAUGGGCUCAUCAUUCUGGCCAUCAGCUUGGAUACGUACCUUCACACCCCCAUGUAUCUCUUCCUUGCCAAUCUAUCCUUUGCUGAUAUUUCCUCUAUUUCCAACUCAGUCCCCAAAAUGCUGGUGAAUAUUCAAACCAACAGCCAAUCCAUCUCUUAUGAGAGCUGCAUCACACAGAUAUACUUUUCUAUUGUGUUUGUGGUCACUGACAAUUUGCUCUUGGGGACCAUGGCCUACGACCGCUUUGUAGCGAUCUGCCACCCUCUGAAUUACAUAACUCUCAUGCGACCCAGGUUCUGCAUUUCUGUCAUCUCGUGGCUCCUCAGUAAUAUUAUAGCUCUGACGCACACCCUUCUGCUCAUUCAAUUGCUCUUCUGUGACCACAACACCCUCCCACACUUCUUCUGUGACUUGGCCCCUCUUCUCAAACUGUCCUGUUCAGACACAAUGAUCAAUGAGCUUGUGUUGUUUAUUGUGGGUUUAUCAGUUAUCAUCUUCCCCUUUGCACUCAUCUUCUUCUCCUAUGUCGGCAUCAUCAGAGCUGUCCUGAGAAUAUCAUCCACACAGGGAAAGUGGAAAGCCUUCUCCACUUGUGGCUCUCACCUGACAGUUGUAUUACUGUUCUACGGAACCAUUGUAGGUGUGUACUUUUUCCCCUCCUCCACUCACCCUGAGGACACUGAUAAGAUUGGUGCUGUCCUAUUCACUGUGGUGACACCCAUGAUGAACCCCUUCAUCUACAGCUUGAGGAAUAAGGAUAUGAAAGGUGCCCUGAGAAAGCUCAUCAAUAGAAAACUUUCUUCCCUUUGAUGCCCUGGACAUCUACAUUCUUUUAGUCCACACAAUCGGAUAAAUGAUUCAACCCAGAGUGU